AUGCCUAUUAAAGCAUGUGCUGAUAAAUUAAAGAGAGAAAUUGAAACAUAUGGUUAUCCACCCAAGUUUCCUGAAGAAAUUGAAAUAAUAGAGGAAAAAGAGAGUGAUGUGCUAAAGGAUAAAAGUAAAGGGAAAAAAAGUAAGGCAGUUGCCAAGGCCGGUAUAAUUAAGUAUCAAUGGCAAAUUAUGCAAACUCUUGGUUUACAAGAUGAAGAAAUCAAGAACUUUACCAAUGCUACAUAUUGGUUAGAAUAUUUUCCACCGCUCGCUAUGCAAGACUUACAAUCUAUGGGUCUUUGUGUGGAUUGGCGAAGAACAUUUAUUACAACAGAUGCAAAUCCAUUUUAUGACUCUUUUAUACGCUGGCAGUUUCAUCAUUUAAAAUCUAGGAAUAAAAUUAAGUAUGGAAAGAGAUAUACUAUUUAUUCACCAAAAGACGGUCAACCUUGUAUGGAUCACGAUAGAGCCUCUGGUGAAGGUGUUGGAUCACAAGAAUAUACAUUGAUUAAAAUGAAAAUUCGAUGCCCUCAAAAAAUUAUUAAGACUUUUGACAAUAAAUCAGUUUAUUUAGUAGCUGCAACUUUAAGACCAGAGACAAUGUAUGGUCAAACAAAUUGUUGGGUUCAUCCAGACAUGAACUACAUAGCGUAUAAUUUAGCGUGCGGGGAUGUAUAUAUUUCUACAGAACGUGCGGCUAAGAAUAUGUCCUAUCAAGGUUUCUUUAAAGAAGAGGGAAAGAUAGAUGUUAUACAAAAACUCAUGGGCAAAGAUUUACUGGGACUCGAAUUGGAAGCACCUCUCACAUCUAAUAAAGUGAUUUAUGCAUUGCCUAUGUUAACGAUAAAAGAAGAUAAGGGCACUGGUAUCGUAACUUCCGUCCCUAGUGAUUCUCCAGAUGAUUAUGCUGCAUUAGUGGAUCUAAAAAAGAAACAAUCACUUAGAGAGAAAUACGGAAUUGCUGAUAAAAUGGUGUUGCCAUAUAAUCCAAUUCCAAUCAUCGAAGUUCCAGAACUGGGCAAUUUAGUAGCAGUAACAUUAUAUGAUCAGUUAAAGAUUCAAUCCCAAAAUGAUAAAGUUAAACUCACAGAGGCAAAAGAAAUAGCAUAUUUAAAAGGAUUUUAUGACGGCAUACUAUUAUUAGGUCCACAUAAGGGCAAAAAGAUACAAGAUAUUAAGAAAUUAAUUCAAAAAGAGAUAAUUGACAAUGGCGAAGCAGUGAUUUAUUAUGAACCUGAAAAAACUAUUAUUUCAAGAUCAAAUGAUGAAUGCGUUGUGGCUUUAUGUAACCAAUGGUAUUUGGAUUAUGGAGAGGAAAAUUGGAAGAAGGAGACGCUUGAGGCUUUAAAAAAUCUCGAUACCUUUCACGAUGAAGUUAGAAAGAAUUUUCUUGCUUGUUUUGACUGGUUACAUGAGCAUGCAUGUUCCAGGACGUAUGGACUUGGCACCAAGUUACCAUGGGACGAAAAUUGGCUGAUAGAAUCUCUGUCAGAUUCUACUAUUUACAUGGCUUAUUACACAAUAGCACAUUUUUUGCAAGGAGAAACUUUUAAGGGAGACAGACCAUAUGGAAUAAUUAAUCCAUAUGGAAUAAAACCUUCUCAUAUGACUUCGGAGGUGUGGGAUUACAUCUUUUUCAAAGAUGCUAAACUGCCCGAGACAAAUAUAAACAAAGCAAUUCUAGAUCGUAUGAGGCAAGAAUUUCAGUAUUGGUAUCCUGUAGACUUGAGAGUAUCAGGAAAAGAUCUAAUACAAAAUCAUCUUACAUAUUUUCUUUAUAAUCAUACAGCAAUAUGGCCAAAUCAACCUGAAUUAUGGCCACAAGGAAUAAGAGCAAAUGGUCAUCUACUUCUCAAUUCAGUGAAGAUGUCUAAGUCAGAAGGCAACUUUUUAACACUUGCCGAAGCUAUAAAAAAAUUCUCAGCUGAUGGACUGCGUCUCUGUUUAGCUGAUUCUGGUGAUUCGAUAGAGGACGCUAAUUUCAUUGAAAAUACAGCUGAUGCAGGAAUUCUGAGAUUGUAUAAUUUUAUAGAAUGGAUAAAAGAUAUACUAAAUACGGAUGCUUAUUUCUGUCAAAAUAAUGUUUCACGUGAAUUGAAACAUUUUCAUGACAACGUCUUUAUAAGCGAAAUAAAUUUAAAAAUACAAGAAACUGGUGAAAAUUAUUCGAAAAUGCUUUACAAGGAAGCAUUGAGGACAGGAUUUUAUGAGCUUCAAGCAGUUAGAGAUAAAUAUUUACAAUUAAGUCCAGAGGCUAAUCUGGAUUUAAUUAAGAAGUAUAUAGAAGUUCAAAUAAUUCUUCUAUUUCCUAUUUGCCCACAUGUUUGUGAAUAUAUAUGGAAAGACUUACUUAAAAAAAAUGACAGUAUAUUAGGUGCAAACUGGCCUGCUGUAGGAGAUAUAAACGAAAUUUUAAUAAAAUCGUCUCAAUAUCUCAUGGAUGCUGCUCAUACAUUUAGAAUUCUUUUAAAAAAUUACAUGACACCGAAAAAAUCUAAGACAAAGAACGAUAUUACUAACAUAGAAAAACCUAGUCAAGGAAUUAUCUGGGUAGCUAAGACUUAUCCUCCUUGGCAAAGUGUCAUCCUUGAAACGAUGAGAGAAAUGUAUUGCAAAAAUGGAAAUAAAUUGCCAGACAAUAAAGUUCUUUCCACAACAUUUGCCGGCAAAGCAGAGUUGAAAAAAUAUAUGAAAAGAGUAAUGCCAUUCGUGCAGCUUGUUAAAGAAAAGAUGGAAACUGUUGGUCUUAGUGCGCUGAAUUUGACCCUUGAUUUUGAUGAAUUCCAUGUACUUGAGACCAACAAAGAGUAUCUCAAAAAUACAUUAGGCAUUCAUGAUAUUGUCAUUAAAUACACGGACGAAGCUACAGAGAAGACAAGAGAAGAAUGUUGCCCAGGUGCUCCGUACAUUAAUUUUUGUGUAAAGCCAAUAGUUCUCAAACCGAUAUGUAUUAUUAAUCCACAAAGUUGUAGCAAUUUAUUUGAACUGUCUAUGAAAAUUUCAACUGCGACAGUUGCAGAUAUCGUCUUCCACAUAGUAAAAGAAAAUACACAUAUAAAAGAUCCUGCUUCAAUCGUGUUGUAUCGAUAUAAUGAUCCGCAACUAGGACCAAGAAUUAGGCCAGUAGUAGGAAAUAUUUUAAAAGGAAAAACUGAAAUUCCACCGGAUUCUGUAUUUAAUGUAAAUGCAGAAACAGAAAGUAUUGAAGUUAGCAUUGCAGGUAGCACUUAUCCAGUUGGCGAACAUUUAAUAUAUAUUGAUAAAUCUUUGAAAGAAUAAAUAAUACAUUUUGAUCUUAA